GAAAAGGGUCCUUCUCAUUUGUGUGAGUCAUGCUUCUGCUGUGAGCAAGUUGGCAGCUCUAAGCAGGACUGGGAUCUCUGUCACAGAAAACUGUUACUUCACCCAACCUUAACGGGGAAUCAUAACAAAUUUCUUUAAAAAUUUUUUUUUUUUUGGUUCUUCCUUAUAGCCUUCUCUCUUUUUUUUCACCCCCAAACUCUUGCUAUCUAUCGAUGUCGUUAUGAAUUGCUAUCUAUGUUAGCACAGGCAUCUCUUGUGUUGGCAUCAGAUUUGCCAGAACAUAUGCAGGAAACCAGAUAGAAGGGCAUGCUUCAACGUACCAAGUAUAACCGCUUCAGGAAUGAUUCAGUGACAUCAGUUGAUGAUCUUAUUCACAAUUUGUCCAUGAACAGCAAGGUCUCAGCAGUUGCUACGACUUCAACAGCAUCUUCGUACCUGGUCUCACCAGAGGUUCUCCGCAAGGACCAGGAAGAUGGACCCACCACUCUAUGUACCCUCAUCCAUAAAGUGUCCCACUUGAAACUCUCUAACACAGGCAGCCUUUUGGGUAUCAAAAACCUCUCCUCUGCAGUAAAGGAGCUUGCUGUCUCCAAGUUGCAGGGAAGCUCAAGUGCUUCUAGCUCAGCAGCAGGGGCUUCAGACAACACAUGUAAUCUUGUCUCUGCUACUUCGUGUUCUCAGCAGGACAUGAGCAAGAUGAGUAUGGGGAAAAAAACACGGUCAGACGAAAUGCACCCGGGAGGUGAAGACUGGAAUCAAAGUAGCAGCUCCGUCAAUAAAUCCUCUCGAGGAUGGCUGCACUCGAGUGAGAAGAUCCUGGGACCUGGUGUGACAUACAUUGUGAAGUACUUGGGGUGUAUAGAAGUCUUACGCUCAAUGAGAUCUCUUGACUUCAAUACUAGAACACAGAUUGCAAGGGAAGCAAUCAGUCGUGUUUGUGAAGCCGUGCCUGGUGCCAAAGGAGCCUUCAAGAAACGAAAGCCACCAAGCAAAAUUCUUUCUAGCAUCUUGGGAAAGAGCAAUCUUCAGUUUGCAGGAAUGAGCAUAAUGCUGAACAUCUCCACCACCAGUUUAAACCUAAUGACUCCUGAUACAAAACAGAUCAUAGCAAAUCACCACAUGCAGUCUAUUUCCUUUGCAUCUGGAGGUGAUCCGGAUACAACUGACUAUGUUGCAUAUGUAGCUAAGGAUCCUGUUAAUCGGAGAGCUUGUCAUAUACUGGAAUGCUGUGAUGGCCUGGCACAGGAUGUCAUCAGCACCAUAGGGCAAGCGUUCGAGCUUCGAUUUAAACAAUAUUUGCGAUGCCCCUCUAAGAUACCUACUUUCCAUGAUAGGAUGCAGAGCUUUGAUGAGCCAUGGAUGGAGGAAGAUAAUGAGGCAACGGAACAUUCCUAUUACAACAACAUCCCAAAUAAAAUGCCUCCCCCUGGAGGUUUCCUUGAUGCCAGGCUCAAAGCAAGACUUCCUUCUGCUGCAGAUACAGCUCAGUCUGCAGCAGGAGUGGGAGGAGAGCAAGCCUAUUACCAGAGUCGUCACUUAGGAGACAAACUCAGUGAAGACUGGCAACAUGGGGCUGUUAAGCAAGGCUCUCUGGAUAUUUGUACUGCGACUGAGUGGAAGUCACAAGUAACCCCAACAGCAGAGAUGCCAACAUAUGUAAACACCCAGCAUAUAAAUAUAGAAGCUCUACUGGCACUUCAGACAGGUGCUGAAAGCACCUUCGCUGGAACAGCAGAUGAUACCAAAGAGAGCAGCCCAGGAAAGGAUCUAUUUGACAUGAAACCAUUUGAAGAUGCCCUCAAGAACCAAACAUCUGAGGAUGCAUUGAGGAAAUCCACCUCCACAGGAUGCACCAGUCCUCUUUUAUCCAGAGCAUCUGACUGGACUGUAGCUGAGGAGUUGAGUACAGAGCCAUGGUAUCAAGGAGAGAUGAGCAGGAAAGAAGCAGAACAGUUGUUAAAGAAGUGUGGAGACUUCCUCGUGAGGAAGAGUACCACAAAUCCUGGCUGCUAUGUGCUAACAGGCAUGCACAAUGGACAAGCCAAACAUCUUCUUUUAGUGGACCCAGAAGGAACUGUUCGUACAAAAGAUCGUGUCUUUGACAGCAUAAGUCACCUCAUCAAUCAUCAUCUUGAGAAUAAUUUGCCAAUAGUUUCUUCUGGGAGUGAACUCUGCCUGCAGCAGCCUGCUGAGAGGAAGCACUGACUCCAUAUAACUGUUCCAGUUUUUGUAAUUGGCAAGCUGUAACUGGUAGAAAUUGCAGAUCUGAUAAAACAUGUACAUUAACCCCCGACGUGUAUUCAUAGAUAUGUCACCUGUGUGUUUUCUUUGGGUUUAAAAUGCUCCGUUUCACACAGUACACUUGAAAAUUCUCAAUGCUUUAUGUAAACAUAAGUCACAGCAGAAGGCUUUCUUAAUGUGAAUAUUGAUAGUGUAUAUAUAAACAUUAUAUAUAUAAAUACAGUACAUAUUUAUAUUUUUCAAGUCAGUCUGUUGACAGUAUAGAACUGUGCCAUGUGUUUUUACUAGAAGAAAAAUGACAAUUGUGAUUCCGCAGUCUCAUUUUCUUGAGAAAAUUACUAGUGGGAAUCUUAUUUCUGAUUUUACCUAAGAAGCACAACCAUGGGGAUUAUAGGCGGAUUAUACUGGAUAGCCUUAGAAGAAGUUUGAAUUCAGCAACUAGUAUUCCAACUCGGAAAUUCAGCAUAAAAUGAUUUUUAAAACUGUUAUUCAAUGUCACUGAUAUCAAAAGUGUUUUAUCUUUCUGAUGUCAAGUUUUAAUUCUUAUAUGAUGUUACUCAAAGCAUUUAUAACUUCCUUUAACGACGAUUUAGUGUGAUCUGUGUACAAGGUGUGUGCAUUUAAUUUUUCUAAUGAUACUGUAACAUUGUGCAACUCUAAUUUAUUAAUUUGAUUGCCAAGGUUAUUUGUAAGUAGUUCUCUGCUUAUGAUAAAGCUCUAGGUGUCCUUGACAACCAGUCUCCAAUGAGACAAUUAUGAAAGUUCAAAUAACUUGUGUUUAAUAGGUUUGAUGCAAGAUGUUCAUGGUUGUUCAAACACAUAGCUGAAAAAUCUUUUCUUCUUCUAACCAGUGAAAACUAUCAUGACUCAGUGGUCCGCUUUGCAAAUGAUACCAUUUGCAUUUAUCUACCAAAGCAUAACUUGACUUUGGCCUUCAGCAAGUGAUAAGUAUUGCAAAUAUACUGGGGUGGGGUUUUUGUUUGUUUGUUUGUUUGUUUUUCUAAAUAUCAAGUUGAAAAAAUAAACAUAACAUAAAGAUGCAUUUCUGGCAGAAAUGCCCUUGAUACUGGGAAAUAAAUGUUUUAAGAAAGGUUUGUACUAUUCAAAGACAAGCAUUAGAUGAGGUUAUUUUCCUAUUGUAUAAAGCUCAUCAGGAUCCAAUUUCAAUAAACACAGUUCCUGUAAAUGUCAUGUUUGUGCCAUAUUCAGGAUUUAGCCUUCAGCACUCCAAGGUCUUCUCUAGCCCCAGUAUCUCAAAUCAAAUCUUUGUACUUCAUUCAUAAAGGCCAAGACUUAGCAGGGUAAGUAGGUUAAGCACCUGCU